UAACGUCCUACGAUUUGGGCAUUCUACAAUGUGCUUUAAAAUGCGCAUUUAAUAGACUAUGCUCUUCAUUACUCUAUAAUUUGGAAAGAAAACAAUGUAAGCUUUUAACUAAUUACAUGGAUGAAACCAGUAAUAUUGGAAACAAUACGCAGACUUUAUGGCAAUACCUUUUCAAUCCUAGCGUGUGUUCAGAUGGCUGGUCACCAUAUUCUGGACAUUGCUACAUUUACAACGAGACAUCAUUAAUUUGGAAUACUGCCAAUGAUGAAUGCAAAAGGCAGGGAGCAUAUCUCCUUGAAAUAGAAACCCAGUAUGAAAACGACUGGAUAAUUACAUCUCUAUUAUUCAGUUUGUGCUCUGUUACCUGGGAUAUUAACUGUGAGGUUUUUGUGGGCGGAUCUACAGAGAAAGGAGUCUUCAAAUGGGAAUGCUCGAACAAUCUUUUGACUUACCAGAACUGGUACCCUAACGAGCCGAGUGACAUAGGGACAAGGGAGUGUAUAUUUCUUAUGCCUAAUGGUCAGUGGAGUGACGGAAACUGCGAAUAUCCCAGAAAAUUUAUCUGUGAGAAAAAGCAAAUAACUUGAUUUCUGCAUGUUUGUUAUGUCGUUACAUAUUCAGUGUUCGUUAAGAAAGAAACAGCACUGGUGUCCAUGUAAGAUAUCAUCAGAGAGACACGUUAAUAAAUAAGAUGUCCCCAACGGAAAUAGUUACUCCAGACUCUGGUCGACUGUGUAAGAAAAUCAAUCUAAGCAUAAUAGUUUUUCCUAUU